AUGUUCAAACGAUCACGCUCCCCCACGUCUCAUGCACCCAAACAACCCUCUUCAGCCAAGAAAUCGAAAAAGUCUCCAUCAACGUCCAAAGAUCCUUUAUUGCCUUGGCAGAUCGCCUUUCGCAGCGGCGCUACCGCCUUUAGUGAACGCAAUUACAAUGAAGCCCUUCGAUGCUUCAAUCAGGCUCUGGAGUUACAACCCAAUGAAGCCAUCAUCCUCGACAGUCGAUCAGCCACUCACGAAAAACUGCAGUGUCCUGAAGCCGCGUUAAAGGAUGCCGUCCACACCUGCCGCGUCGCUCGACAGGAUUCGCGAGGGUACCUGCGCGCCGGUAAAUUGCUUUCGCUGCAAGGAAAAUGGGAAGAAGCAUUCCGAGUGUAUAACAAGGGAGCAAAGCACGUCCUUUCAUCCGAUCCACGAUAUCCCACCAUUAUCCAAAUGAAAUUAGCCGUCAAAUGCAAGUUGAACGCUCGCGAUUUUGUGUCCGUGUUCCCUUACGAAAUUUUGGACAACAUCUUUUCCCGCUUGUCCUUCCGGCGACGACUUCAAUGCUCGGCUGUUUCCAAGUCCUGGCGGCAUUUUAUGAUCCAUUGGGCUCCCAUGUGGAAACAUUUCGAUUUCGGCAGUGACAAACCGAGUCUAGCUGUCAUCUCUCGUUAUCUCUCAUAUGCAAAUCCACGAUGCAUCUCGUCCUUCCACGUAGAAAAUUACAGCAAAAAACACUCUGACAAGUUGCUACAGAUGCUCAUUGACAAUAACUGUCAAUAUCUUCAGAGACUGGAAAUGGCCCUUUGUCAAUUAUCACCCAUCCUCUUGUAUCGCACGCUUCGACUUAUUGGAAACCAUAUAACCCAUUUACAGCUGGACUAUUGCUCCACAGACGCAGAUACAUUGCUUCAACUUAUUCAAGGCACACCAAGCACUUUGACACAUCUAUCGAUCCUCGGUCGCGACUUGCUUAGUUCUCCCUCUUUGGUAUUCCCCUCCAAACUCAUGCUUCGCUCAUUGUCGGUCACCGUGGAAAAACCAGGCGACGUCUUAACUGCAGCCAAUUUCCAAAGAUUCAUUGCGGCAUGUCCUGUUCUUGAGCAGGUUUAUAUAGAUUAUGUAUCUCACAACGCUUCAAUGCCCCUCCUAGCCCUGAAAUCCCACUGUCCGCACUUGCAGACCAUUGAGAUUAGUUCAGUUACACGGUCAACGAAGGCAUUUGAUGACAUUCAAUUGCAACAGCCAGCCUUCGCACCGGGGUUACGCGCGUUUAUCUCCAAUUGCUUAAGCGAUACGCCAGACGAAGACAUCCAAAGGACACUGAACGAUCAGUACGAAAGCUUGGAAAUCCUUAAAAUGCCAAAGCUUUCUCCAAGGACUGCAUUGCCCAUCUAUUUGAGCAAUAUUGCGUGGUGUCGAUUACGUGAGGUAUCAUUCAAAGCGUGCUCAGCAUUUCAAGCAAACCAUCUCUGUUCUUUUCUGGAGAAGGCGCCAUCGAUUGAAAUUCUGGAUCUGGCGUGCGUGUGGAAUACAGACGAUCGGGUGUUGCAGGUUGUGAGUCAACUGAAAGACUUGCAGAAAAUGGAUAUUUCCUUUACGAGCGUCACCGGCAUUGGCGUCCGUUUGCUGGUCGAUGAACGCGGGCCAAACCUGAAGAAAUUAACGAUGAAUGGUUGCCAUUCGGUCGGCGCCGAUGUGGUUGCCUACGCAAGAGACCGCCUUGGACGCUCAGCUGUGGAGUGCAUGUUUAAUUAA